UCUCUUCGAUGAUUCUCCAAUCUCAAUUUCUUCUAUCAUAAUUACUUAAGUGCAAUUUACUCCGUACUUGAUUCACAUAUUUAUCUUCUUUUCUCUGCACACAGACAAUGAUUUUAGUCUCCUCUUUCAGUAUGAGACUUAUUCGAUAUGUCAGCCUUCUAUGCCUUUUACAACUAUCCCAAGCACGCGCUCUCCUUUAUAGCAAUGAUCUGCCCUCUAGCCUCAUGCACCUAAGAUCCAAGCCGGUCAUAUCACCUGCCGGGCUUUUCUGCAGGCCAACAGGCCAAAGUUUCGCUGGCAAAUGGGGCGUACGACUCACAAUCUACGAUUGUCACGAUAAAUGUAUCUGUACCAUGUCCGAGAGAGUGAUUUACUCCACAGCGAGCUUGCGUGGAAAUCGCCGAAUUGACGUAUUUUGUAGGCAGUAAUGCCUUUGUAUGUCAACCUCUGAGAAUAAACUCUGGGAAGAGAAUGAAGAUGAAAAUGAUCUUGAC